UCGUGUGGCGGCUCGGUUCUGUGCAGACACCUCACAAGUGCCAAGGAAGAGGACAGAGGGGUGGAUGCUGCGAGGCUGGAAAGGGCGGUUCAUUUCACGAGGAAGAAGACCGAGCAGGAAGCCCGCCCGCUCGGGACGCGCCUUGGCGCUGCUGCUGCUGCUGCCUGCUCGCGCAAGUCACUGAGCACUGCCUCGUUAGACGCCCUUCUGGGACACAGAGGAGCCUGUCGCGGGCGCCCUGCUGUUCUCUCUCCUUUAGCUGAGGCCGGCGGCGGGCAGGCGGCCCCCGAUUUCACUCCGCUUCCUUUUUGUCUUUUGGUCUUUUUUUAAUCGCCUGCGAAGGGACGGUGGGUUCAGGGCAGGGUCAUCAUCAGAUCAUCAAGUGAGUGGGCCACGCAAGACGCCUCGGCGCCGGAUUCCUGCACGGCGGCUGCUUCUCCUCCUUCUGGUGCGCUGCCAAAGAGCAGGCAGGCAGGCAGCGGAGCCAUGGGGGUGCCGGUGCCUGGGGAGAACGGCCCCUUGGGCGCGCUCUGGAAGAGGCUGAGCCGCCACUGGCGAAUGCUCCACAACCGGCUCGGCGGCAGCCGGCGGAGCGUCGACGAGAUGCACCUGCUGCAGCAGAAAAGGAUCUGGGAGUCCCCACUUCUUCUGGCUGCCAAGGAAAAUAACGUCCAGGCUAUUCAGAAACUGGCCAAAGAUGGUUCUUGUGACAUCAGUCAAAGAGGAGCUGUGGGGGAGACAGCCCUUCACAUAGCUGCCCUCUAUGAUAGCACAGAAGCGGCUGAGAUCCUUAUGGAGGUGGCUCCAGAACUCAUCAACGCGAGGAUGACAUCAGAACUCUAUGAAGGACAAACCGCUCUCCACAUUGCAGCAGCCAAACAAAAUGUGAACCUCGUGAAAUGUCUGCUCAAGAACGGGGCUCACACCUGCACUCCCCGAGCUACAGGACUCUUCUUCAGGCGCCAUUCCAAAAGUCUCUUCUACUUUGGGGAGCAUGUUUUAUCCUUUGCAGCCUGCGUAGGGAAUGAAGAGAUUGUUCAGUUGCUGAUUGAAAAUGGGGCUGACAUCAGGGCACAAGAUUCUCUAGGUAACACUGUUCUUCAUAUCCUGGUUCUUCAGCCCAACAAGACUUUUGCAUGCCAGAUGUACAAUCUACUCCUCUCCUAUGAUAAAGAAGAGGAGGGCCUGGGACCUCUGGACUUGAUUUCCAACCACGAGGGCCUCACUCCAUUCAAACUGGCUGGAGUUGAGGGCAACACUGUGAUGUUCCAGCACCUCAUACAGAAGCGAAAGCAUGUACUAUGGUCCUUUGGGCCCAUUGACACCAUCGUCUAUGACCUCACAGAAAUUGACUCCUGGGGUGACAACCAACCUUUUCUAGAGCUUGUUGUCUCAACCAAGAGAAGAGAGGCCCGUCAAAUCCUGGACAUGACCCCACUGAAGGAACUGGUGAGCCUGAAGUGGAACACAUAUGGGCGUCCUUAUUUCUGCUUCCUGACUUUAUUUUACCUCCUCUACAUGAUUUGCUUUACCAUAUGCUGCGCUUAUAGACCUCUGAAAAUCCGCCCAGACAACCAAACAAAUCCGCGGGACAACACCCUCUUUAUCCAGAAAACACUGGAAGAAUCAUAUCUGACGUAUGACGAUCGGCUCAGGCUAGUAGGGGAGAUAAUCACAGUGAUAGGAGCCAUGGCAAUAUUGCUCCUAGAGAUUCCAGAUAUUCUGAGAGUUGGAUUCACUAAGUAUUUUGGACAAACUAUCCUGGGAGGACCCUUCCACAUCAUCAUCAUCACAUAUGCCUGUAUGAUCCUAGUGACUAUGGUGAUGCGUCUCACGAGCACAGAUGGAGAGGUGGUCCCCAUGUCCUUCGCCCUGGUGCUGGGCUGGUGCAACAUAAUGUAUUUUGCACGAGGGUUUCAGAUGCUGGGACCCUUCACCAUAAUGAUACAGAAGAUGUUAUUUGGAGAUCUUAUUCGCUUCUGUGGGCUAAUGGCUGUUGUGAUACUUGGCUUUGCAUCAGCCUUUUAUAUCAUCUUCCAAACAGAGGACCCCCAAAAUCUGGGCCAUUUCUACAGCUACCCCAUGUCUCUCUUCAGUACCUUUGAGCUGUUCCUCACGAUCAUUGAUGGACCUGCCAACUAUGAUGUGGACCUGCCGUUCAUGUACAGUGUGGUGUACUUUGCUUUUGCCAUCAUUGCCGCUUUGCUCAUGCUCAACCUGCUCAUUGCUAUGAUGGGUGACACCCACUGGCGUGUGGCCAACGAACGGGAUGAACUUUGGCGGGCACAGGUUGUUGCCACUACAAUAAUGCUUGAGCGGAAACUCCCACGAUGCCUCUGGCCUCGCUCUGGUAUAUGUGGACGAGAGUAUGGGCUGGGGGACAAGUGGUAUCUCAGGGUGGAAGAACGUCUGGACGCCAACAAACAGAAGAUGCGUCGCUAUGCAGAGGCUUUUAAGAAUCAGGACAAGGAGGAUCUUGAUAAGUUUUCAGUGGAUGAGAAUGUCUCAUUCAAGAAGGGACCGUCUCCCUCAGUCUCACGGAACACAUCCCAGUGUAGUUCCCACCGUGGUUGGCAGAUCCUGCGGAACAACACCUUCAGCCAUCUCCGUGGGGAAGUCAACCGCGCCUUGGAAGAAGAGGUCUACAAUGUCUGAGAUGCUGCUUCUGAUUGUGUACAACCAAAAGUGCUUUGCACUGUGGCACUAAUUCCUCCUGAAGCUGGCAAGAAGUUGGGGCAGUGUGAUCGGGUUCUGUGCUAGCUACACUCAUUCUAGGUUCAUCUCACUCCUGCGUGGAUGCUCCCUGGCAAAUGUGCUUGCCCCUGCACUUCAGGGCAACAGAAUGGGAACAUGCACCGUUGUCGGGUUUUUACUGAGACAUGCAUCUCCUUCUUGGACAAACUAUACUAAGGAGAGCACUGGAGUUUAUCAACAUCAAAGGGAUUCUCGUAGGAGUUCAGUUACGACCUGAUCAAUAGUUCCUAUCUCAACCUGUUCUCAGGCAACAUUCCACAAGAACCUCCCUGCUCUCUGAAGAGCCGACUCUAUGGAAAUCUUAGAUUGAAUAUGAACAAAAACAUUCUUUAAAACCUAGCUAAAGCUGACAUGGCAAUGAAGCAGCCUAUCAGCAGACAGCUAGCAUUCCAGAGGCUCUGUAAGACUGCAGGUAUCACUGAGUGUAUUUUCGACACUUGGCUUCCCUGGGAGCAACAGAGUGGGUGAUGCUGCUGGAGUCCUGAAAGCCAGUGCACUAAGUCACGUAUGGGUCUGUGGGUUUUAUCCCAGCUAGACGUUUUCUAGGGCUCUGUCAUAUGACUCAUUUCUUCUUGAAAUGGAAGGACCGAGGCUGGUUUUACUCGGCUGAACUGAACUCUGGUAAAGUUUUGCUAUGAGGAGAAAGGGGUCUAGACACUUACUGGGGUUAAUGUUCAAGUGCCACGAUUUCUCCUUGCUUUGCUGGAUUGUGGCCUGUCUUGCCCAUCUCAUCCUCUAUUGCCAGUUCCUGUGCAGAUUUGCUGCGGGGAGGCUCUGCAGCUUCCCAUCAUCUUCAUGCUAAUCCACAAUAGGACUGGAAACUGCCCUGUUGCUGUGGAAGAGCAACUAUGAGGCAAGAUGCCAAGGUCUGGUUUGAAAAUCCAGAUUGGGUAGCUGAGGCUGGAUGUCCCCAUCUUCAGUGGAUCACCUCUUGGUCUCUUCUAAUUAAGAUGGUCACAUAAUUUCACUGAAAGCAAAUGUGGAGUAGAACAGCCAAUGAAUAUUGAGGAAAGGUUUAAAGAAUUCCACUAAGACUAGCAAAAAUCUUCAGAAGGACCUAAAAGGCCACUAAGCUUUGCUUAAAGCAAAAUCCAAGGUGAAGUUGGAGGUUCUUGCUCAGCAAAAAGAUCUGUGGGGUUUCAUGGGCAGUUAAGACUAGGGGACUUGUGGAGGGGUUGCUCACCUCUCCUUUCCGUGGUCCUAGGGUGGUUUUUUUCUGAAGGUGCAACUUGAAAGGAAGACUUGUCUUUCAACAAUAACAAGCAGAGUGAGUCUGAUGCUUCUGCAGUCUCCCUCUAGCUUUAUUAUCACUUUAAACUUGGUUACAUAAGGGGGGGGGAACCCAGGUCAUUACUAAAGAAAAAGCAAUGACUUAAGAUGCCACUCCAACAACAGAACUCAGUGGAAAGUUACUUAUGUAUUCCUCUGUAGUAAGGACAAUGAAAGGAAGUCUCAGCUGGUGAAAGGAAACAUACUUGCAUUUGUAUUGUAAAUAUAGAUUUAUACCACACCCAGAAUCAGGUAGUGAUGAGAUGGAAAGGGUUAACAGAGUUAUUCCUGUUUUAUACUAUGAGCCCUUUCUCACAGUCGCAUGAGAGGGCUUCAGGGUGAGCGGCUGGGAAGGCAGCAGAAGCUUGCUUUCCCCACAGACAAUCUGGCUUCCGGCUCUGGGAGGGUCAGGGUGUGCAGUCCCACCCGCCCAGACGCUCCACUGCUCUCCUGGCAGCAUGGAUGUGCGAGGGUCAGGACUCGUUGUCCUGACUCCCAGAACUCUCACAAUGCACCACACACCAGUGCAUUGGCUGAAAGCAGCCGAUGCUGCACGUGAUCAAAAAAGUGGGGUGGAGUGCUCCCUCAACCUCAUUUUAGAGGCUGGCUCCGCAGGCAGGUUUGCCAUCAAAGCUCCUUCAGGAUUGGGUGCAAUCCCGGAUGUUCUCAUGUGCAGGCAAACCUGGUCUUGGCUGGCUUAGCCCAGUCUUGGCUGUGUGUAAGAACAGCCUCUAUGUCUAUUUCUGUUAUAUGUUGGAUUGGGCUGUAGCUCAAAGAUACAGAAACAAUUGCUGAAGGAAAACUGGUUUCAAAACCACCCCUCCAUUCAUUCAAGUUGAUGAAUGGAGUUAGCUUUGGUUCAUCCUGAUCAAAAGUCGGUUUCCAGAUUCCCUUGUUACGCUGGGGGGAUUUGCACUGUAAGUCUUGUAGAAAUAAGAAAUGUGAUUUGCACACACAUAAAAACUGGGUUUCAGAUUGUCAAUGGUAAUUUCAUUUCAGUUCUCAAUAAGUGGCAGGAGGAGGCUGUGCGUUCACUUCCAUUUAUUUAUUUAUGUUCCUCUUUAUUUUAUAAGAAAUGUCAUUGAGACCAAUUGAAUGUAGCAACUUCUCCUGUUGGCUCAACUCUGCUUUCAGAUCACCAAAAUGACUGGCCUGAAUGAUUAUAGAGGCCCAGGGCAUUUACCACCACCUUUGACUAGCCAUUGGGAGUCACUGGGCUAGAAAUCAGGAUAAAAUUCACCAGCACAGUCUAGACCAGCAUUCCUAUCACAUUUCCCUUCAUUCUAUGUUCCAUAUUAUCCAUAUUUCCAUGUUUUUUUAAACAGGGAAGGGGCAAUAAUAUAUCAUUGAAGGAUGGGGAAAAAUGUAAGGGUAUCUCUACAAUGCAAACAUCUAUUAGUUUUAUAUCAAUUUAAGUGUCAUGGCUUUCCCUAGAGAUUUUGGGAACUGUAGUUUGAUGAGGAGCUGAAAAUUGUAUGUUAGUGAUAGCUACCCUUCCUUACAGGCAGGGCUGGCUCUAGGUUUCAGAGGACCCUUGGCAAACUACCCUGGGCCCAUGAGAAUCACUCCAUCACUACCACAUGAAGGCUAUGAGCAUAGAGGUGUUCCCUUCAGAGGGUCCUCCAUACUUGCCCAGCAAUGCUGGGCUUGCUUUCAGAACAAUAAUUUCCAGGAUUCCCUGGCAAGAAGUAUUGACUACCUGUUUAAGACUGUGGUGCAGACACUCCUUACACAGUUCACAUCACUUGAUCUAUUUCAUGUGCAGGUUGCCAUGCAGGCAUAUAUUCAAGUGUAUUCAGCUAAUGUGAGUCUGAACUUGUUUUCACUUGCAGGUUUGGAUUUUGUUUGUUUUGCACUUUCCAAUUAUCUUGUAUCAUGUUAAUGUAACUGUUUGUUUUCAUUGUGGUAAUGGUAAGUGACACAUAAAAAUCAAAUGCCAAUUUUUUUAAUGACAUGAAAAAUACUUUGCUGUCUGAAUUAGCAAGUUAGGAGUUAAAAUUUAUCCUACUGGGAAAUCAAUGAACAUGUCAGAUUCCAAUCAGUGGCUAGAUAUAUUUAGAAUAUGACUCAAAAUGUACUAGCUAUUUUUCAGUCUUUGCUCUGUUGCCAAAAACACUGAACUGUUUCAGAACCUUCAAUUAAUUGUGCUCUGCAAUUAAGUAAGGGCAUGCUCUGAAUGCCACUGAUGGAGAUGGAAAAUCCCCAGUGAUUCUGAGCUCCUCCGAAGCAAUCUCACAGAUAUUUAGCUAUCGAUGCGCGUUACGCCACUUUUUGAAACCAGCAUGAAUCUUAAGCAGGGAAUUUACAUGAAUUUUACAUGUAAAUCUGUUCUUCAUUCAGUGCUUUAUGGUGCAUUUUUAUGGCAACUACACAAACUUCUGUGCUAUAACUUGCAGAGCAAGCUUGCUCUCACCACCUGUGGAAUCUGAAAAGCCAGCUUUGUUUCUCUUUAAUAAAAAUGCCACAGACAUGACUCUCUCAUGUCUUUGUUGACGAGGUAUAAGAAUGUAAAGAGCUCUCCUUAGGAGAAUCAGUAGCUGUGCUGUAGCAAUCUGCUCGGGCGAUCCACAGUGGGUGAUGCGGUAUCUUUUUGAUAAUGAAAUUUGUUCUAAGAACAGCAUUUCUAUUCCUCACCACUCAUGAGUGUUGUGAAACUGUUCCAGUUAAAUUAUUUCAGAAGUAUCCCAUUGCAGUAACUAUAAAGGGUAUUCAUACAGGCAGCCUAACCCAGGCUAGGGCAGCCCAGCCUGGGUUAGGCUGCGCUUGUGAACCGCCGAGAGCGAGGUAGCUCCCAGUGCUGCCCCUGUGCCAAGCCCCACUUUUUAAUCCGGCGUUGAGCUGAGGUUAAGCGAAUCUCGGCCAGUGAUUGUCUGGGCAAUUGCCACCAGGUUAAACGGCUUUCCCCCAGCCCACCAGGGUGGGGGGUGGGGAAGCAGCUGUGCUGAGUGUGGUAGCUGCUUUAAUUAGAGAAGCCCCCACGCUUCUGCCCUAGGGCACCCUGGAACAUGGUGUGUGGGGCAGUCCUCCCUCUCCCAGCUACUCCCUCCACAGCACCACUGUUCGUGUGGCAGUGGCUGUGUGGUGCAGCAGAGGGGAGGACAGUGGCUGUUCAUCUGCCGGGGAAGGCAGAUGACCUCCUGCCUUCCCUGCAGCCCUCCCUCCCUCCCCCCGCCCCAGCGAGGUCGUGUGAAAGACCUCAUUGUGUGUUUGGCAUGAGGAACCUGAGAGCUGGUGAUGACUGAAUGAGAAGGCCAUCAUUUACUGCACUCUUUUGUAUUUUGUAUCAAAAACUCAUCUCAUCAACGAGUGACCUCAAAUCAUGUUGGAAGUAUCUUUGAAAAUUUGUGAAUUUGUUUUUGAAAAUCUAUAGGACAUAAACGUGUUGUGUUGUUUGUAUUGCACAAAAUGAAAGCAGAAGUAUUUUAUUCAAAAUAAAUCUUUAU